AUGCGAUCGACGAUCACGAGUGAGUUGACAAAUAAAUUACUGCUUCAAAAUAAUGAUUGAAAAAAAUUUGAACACUUUAUUUUUUUAAAACACCGAUCGAUUUUUAAGAAACCCUGUAAAUAAAAGGUAAAAAAAUGAAUGAAACCCCGUGAUUUGUUAGUUUUUUUGCAAGGGUUCAUUGUCUGACUCAUUCUCGAUAAAAUCUCGUUCCGCAUCGUUCUUGCCAAUCUUUUUGUUCCACAUUCUUCGCUUCAUCAUAACUUUAUAAUUACAUCAAAUGAGUAUUUGUACGAAUAUUUUCUGUUUCAAUCAACUUACUACAAACGCUUUUUUUCCAGUUUUGAGGAUAGUAAAACAAAACCCCGUUCUUGUGUUUUCAAUAUUUCCAAAAUUUUGACAUGCUCAUAUUUCGAAUCAUUUCUUUCUGUGAUCGUUGAAUUAAUUAGAUUAACUGUUUCAAAUACUAUUCUCAAAGUACAAAAUAUCAAAUCGCUGCUCUGACAUCUCUUGCUAUCAUAUAUUUUUUUAAUAUCUCAACUCUCCUUCGUGAUAACGUUUUUUUGGUAGUGGCUUCUAAAAAUGAGAAGAAAACCAAACUACACUGCUCUUUUUCCGCCCUUAUCAUACACUUUUUCGUUCGGUUAACUAUGCGUUGAUGAAAUCACAUAAAACUUUUCCGUUUUCCGACACGAGACACGGAAAAUUAGAGCAAUUUUGUCUAUGCUAUCUAUGCGUGUCCGUGCACAUUUCGGCAAUGAUAACGGACAGAAAAUGGGGAGAGCAAGGCACGAUUUGGGCCGGAAAACCGGGAUUUGUGCAACGGGAAAUUGCUUUUUGUUUUUGCCACUGGCAUCGGCCCGGCCCAUGCUUUCUGGACUUUUAAUCCGCUUACAAUCAUCCGAUCGGACCCAAACUUUGCAGGUUCCGUGCACUUGGAUUGGAGUGUUUCGGGUCCAAGUUUCGGAUCGAUCGGAUCAUCCGGUCCCGAGAUAUACCAGUUUUCAUCGGGAAAAGUCUAGAUUUUUGCGAAAAUUGCAUAUAUCUCAUCAGGGCCAAAUGGUCCAAAAGUCCAAGCCUGGCCCUAUCCUCUAUUUUUCGUGCUCCACACUCGGUAUUUGCUCACACACACACACACACAUUUUUCGGGUACAAAAGGUCACUACAAACCCAUUUUCUCUCUCUCUAUUUCUCGUUGUUUGCGUGUCUGUUUUCUCAGUCUCACGAGGAGCAAAAGUGUGUCUGUUUGUGAUUUUUCGGUGGAAAAAAGGAAAAAUGUUGGUUUUGACCGUUCCGUGUGUGUACUUUGUGCACUACGAUAAUCAGGAACUCGCGGGAUGUUUGGAAAAACGGAAAAGUGAACUUUGUAGGCUCUUUUUUGGUCAUUUUCACAGAAAUGCAUCUCAAUCUCAAUUCGGCCCUCUCAAUUUGAUAAAGAAUUAUGGGCGCCGAAUCGUCAAAACACUUUCAGAAUUGGGCGAGUGUUUGGUGCAAUAAAAUCGGCAUUUUCUAGUCUCGUGCUCCUUCCGGAGCACUUUUCCGUUCCGUGACUCGCUUGUGCUCCCUUUCUCGGUCCAAUUUUGAUAAGCGGGCGGGCAGAGAGUUUAUCAGUUGAAAAUGAAGAAGAAGAAGAAGGAGAAGAAGAGGGAGGAGAGUGUCAACAUAUAUAUGUAUAUAUAUAUAGGCACACUCACACAAUAUCAGAUUGUGUGCUAGAUUGUCCACUUAUCGAUUUUUGAAUUUUUGUUUUGAAUUUUACCGUUGAAAAUCGCCUUCUCCUUAAAGAAAUUCUAUUAAACAAAAAGGAAAAAGAGUUGGCCGAAUCGACAAUAUUCGCCGAUUGGUUGACGAUGACCGCCCGUCCGACGUCCCUUUCGGACGCCGGCAUUCAGUUGGCUCCGGACGAGAAUCACAGCGAAUCCACGGAGAGUCUGGCCACUGAGACCCCUCUCAACACUAGUUCUUCGCUUGCCGAGUAAGCACCACACGCAUUUUUGCAGAGUUUUUAGUGAUCAUUUUUAAUAUAAUUUAAAACGAAUUCCGUGGCACUGAAAUUUUUUGAAUUUAAUAAACUGCCACGUGGCCCAAAUCUCAUAAAAGAUAAGAUGAGGAACCGCCCGGAAAUGGUGAGAACUGACAAAAAAUGAACAUUCACCCGUUUGUUCACAACAUUUCCGAGAUGGUCUUCCGACGAAAUCGCUCUUCGCAAGCAGAAAUCGAGUAAAUUAAUUCAUUUUCACAAAUUUUCAAUAUUUCCUAAAAAUUCAAAAAUAUCACUUUUUCAGAUGCGACGACGCUACUCGUGCCAGGACCCGAAUGGAGAAAUAUUUUGCGGAAAAACCGGAUAAAAAUAUUUUUAUGGUUUGUUUCUUUCUCGAUUGUUUCUGUUAUGGGGCUGUUCAGCGUAUGUUUGUUUUCCGUUUUCUUUUUUCGUUUUUUUACACCGCUGAAUUGGGUUUUUUUGACGUAAAAAAACGAAAAAAAAAUCGUUUUUUUUUUACAGCCUGAAUAACCCUAUUAUUUCAACGGCAAUUCGUGACCUGAAAGUUUUAAAUUCCAGAAACUCAUCCAUCCCAGCUACCACGAGCGAAAUUUGCAAUUCAAAAAAAUCUUCGUCGACAAAGGACUCAUCGACGAGACGGACCAGUUUUUGGCUUGUAAGUCGUACACUUUUCUGCUCAAAGUGCGGUUGUUCGGUGUCGAUCGAUAUCCGCGCAAAAUGCACCGAAUCGUCAGAAGUUUCGAGAAUAAUUGUGUUUUCAAAAGUGUCAUUGAAAGAAAAUGCGCUCAAUUCCCCUUUUGUAAGCUCUGAAGACCGUUCUUUUGCUAAAUGUUUCGAUACAUUCAUAAAAGUUGCAUCAUUUUCAGCGUAUUCAUGUGCGUACCAACGCGAAAUCCUCGCCCAAGGCCGCAUGUUCAUCUCGCAGUUCAACGUGUGCUUCUACGCGAACAUCAUCGGCUGGGAGACCACUUUGGUCAUUCCGAUGCGAGAAAUCAAAGUGAUCAAGAAGAUGAAGGCGGCGUUCAUUUUCCCCAAUUCCAUUCAGGUUGGAAGAUUUCGCCAAAAAAAUUACAGUUUCACAAUUUUGCAAAAGACAAUUUCACGGCGACCAAAAGUGUAGAAAGGGGCGUGGCCUAAUCUGAGACGCGUUUUCUGAAAAUUGCCGCAAUUCCAGCACUUUUCCGAUAUUUUUGUUUUUGAUAUCGACGAAAAAAGACAUUAAAGAGAGAAAAUAUCGAAAUUUUCGUGAAAACGCCGCGUUUGAGACGUUUUUGGCAUAUUUCGCAAUACGCUCUCCGCGGCCAAUCGCCGCCGCAAUUUCGGAAUUUUCAUACCGGCCGAUCUGGAUAGUUUUGAGACGAAGUGAGUGUCGGAAGUGAUUAAGCACGUUAACACAAGUAUUUUAAGCGUUAAAACGGCAAAAAGUAUCGGCGAAUGACUGAAAUUCGCGCAUUUUCAGCACAAAACUUGAAAAUCGAUUCAAUUGAUUCAUUUCUGAGUCAAACCUGCUCGUCUUAAACUCAAAAAGUGCGCGAUGAUUAGUUUAUCCAAGUUAUGCAAUUACAUCGUCGAAAUCGUACAAAAUUUGGGUAAUUUUUGACGAAAAACAUGAGAAAUGGGGUUAAAUUUCGAAUUUCGCGCAAAAAUGGUUAUAAACCGUGCACGCUAGGCCCCACGCCCUUUUCUACCUUUUUGGUCGCCGUGAAUUUCAUGAAAACGUUUCCUAAUAACAGCACAAUUGGUUCGACCACCUCAAAAAAAAAACGAAAAUGAAAGCGUAUACUCAAUUUUGCAGUUCGAACAAGAGGGCCGCAGCGAAAAGUACUUUUUCGCGUCGUUCAUCAACCGCGACAAGUCGUUCCAAGUGCUCACGACCGCCCAUCAGAAGGUGCUCGGCGCGACGGACGGAAAGGCGGCGAUGACGCGCGAGGAGGUCUGGGACAUGGUCUACAAUAGCGAGGAGAAGGUACGUCUGCUUUUUUGAGUUUUCUCUCAUUAUUUUAAUCGUACCAAUUCCCCCCAAAAUUGUACUUUGUCUUGCCGUCGGUUUCCAAUUUCAGACUUCUCCCCAAUCCGCACUUCCACCAGAAAUAGGCCCAAUUUGGUUAAUGACGGGCUGUUGUGCACCUAGUUCACUGCAUGUAAGAUCACUAUUUCCUACAGUAACCCCAAAAUUUACCCUCUUCGCUUCGAGACCCGUCGCCCCGCCCCGUUGUUAUUGUAGACACAGACAGGACUGUCUAUGCUGGAAAUUGAAUAAUAGCCGGAAGAGUCGCGCCAAAUGUGCUCUUUUUCUGUUCUUUUUUGCAUUUCACUAAUAUUUUCCGACCACCAACUAUACAAAUGGUGAUCGCUGCAAUUUUUCGCAAGACGAAACUAAAACCGAAAUCGAAACAGCGUGUGUUCAAGAAAAGUUCAAUCAGGAAUUGGUUGGUUUUGAACAAGAUUUUAUUAAAGGUAACGGGAUUUUUUUUUUUUUUGAAAAAACGUUGUGAUUUUUCAAAUUUUUUGACUCGAAACGUGGAUUUCGUUUGAAAAUGUACAUCAGCGUAUGUACGGCUAAUCUUGCCACUCAAUUUCUUGUUCAAAAGUUCGCGUCAAGCCCUAAGAACACUUUUUUUCUCCCCCCGUUGCACCAGUGUUGCUAUGUGUAGAAAAUUCUGCUCUCACAGAAUAUUCGAUGAAAAGUGUUUUUACACGAAAAUGUUUUGUUGAAAGAGAUGUUUGCUUCUUUGGUUAUGGAAAUGUUAACAUUCCAAGCUAAACGGAUACAAAAACAUUACUAAAAUGGUCCUAGUUGGGUACUGAUAAUAGCUUGGUGUGAACACAUUUUACUAAAAAAAAGUUUGGACCUUGCUUAUUACACUGUUGUAUUGAAACUGUAAAAAUAUAUACACUAGUUCAACAUUAAAGAAGCUUCCAAUGUUUCAUGAAAAUGAUCUGAGAUUCUCUAGACAGCCACGCUCAGUUUUUCAAGAUUUUUUGGUCUCAGGAUGUCCUGCUAGCAGAGUCGACAUGUUCUGUCAUUCAGUUUUAUUGUCAUGGCGCAUCCUUCACUUCCCCGCUCAGUAUCAAUCUAGGUCUUCAUUGCUCAAUGACUCAUGCGCUCUAUGAGCACACUAAACCGGUAUCAAAUCACGGUUAGAGCAUGGCGAAUAAAUGUGAAGAGAACCGAGGAACAACUCACGCAAAGAACACGUUUUGCCAGCGGAAAAAAAAACUUUUUUUUUUUUGUCUUCCCCAUGCUCUCCAUCCACACAUUCUCUAUUUGUCCUCUCACUCAUACCUCCCUUCUCGGCGUCUCGCAAAUGUUCGUACUAUUUUUGCGAAAACUCACACACCACCAUCAUCAUCAUCAGGUUCUUUUUUACAACACUUUUUAUCAUAUUAUUAUCAUUGAAAAGAGAUGUUUAUGGUAAUGCAAAAAUGGUCUAGUUGAGGCAUUUUUUUUAGUCGCGCCACACAAAAUUCUUGUGCAGAUUGUAGUGUUUUGUGUAUUCGUAGCCAAAUGUUGACCCUUCUCUCUCUCUCUCUCUCAAGGCCACGCCCACUUUCUCUCUCUCUCUCUCUCUCCGCGCCCCUGCGCCAUUUUUCUCGUUAAACCUCGCUGACCCUUCGAGAACUGCUCCAGAACUCUAAAUUCUAUAUCGAAAUCCUGGACGCUAUAACCGAUUUUUUGGAGACUAUGAAAAUAUUGGCGAAACUGGCAAAACACGUCACUAUGACGUUUGUCAAAGGCGCCGGAAAUCAUGGUAAAAAGCGGCGAAUUCGGGAGGUGCGUUUUUUUCUGGACUAGGACUGUAAAUUCUACUUUUUUCCCCUUGUCCUGGACAUUUGGCCCACUUGCAAUAGUCCGAUCGAAUCCAAACCUUUCAGACUUCUUGGUCUUGGAUUGAAGUAUGUUGAGUCCAAGUUUCAGACCGAUCGGCCUAUUUACUGUGGAGAUAUUGUGCUUGCGGGCCGAUUUCGGCCAAUGAUCCACAUAUCUCGGGACCGGAUGAUCGGAUCGGGCUGAAACUUGGACCCAACAUACUUUAACCCAUGUACAAGAAGCCUGCAAAGUUUGGGUCCGAUCGGAUCACUCAAAGUGGGCCAAAAGUCCCGGACAAGUGCCGAUCAAUUGCCGAAUGUUUCAAAGAAAAUGCUCGUAGCGGUAAAAAGAAAUCACUGCGAACAAGACAAUUUGAAACAGAUAAAAUUAGCAUGUUUCUCUGAUAAAUGUCCGGUUUCUAGAACCCGCAAACGCACACUCCGCCCGAGACAGGCACUCCGCCGAGCGGUUCGGCCACAAAUAAUUCCAUCGAGAAUAUUACUGUGAGUUUUGUAUAUUUUUCUGACAGUCUCAAGCAAAUUUGCGCGUUUUUGAGCGUAAAACCUUGUGAUCUUCUAAACAUUUUUGAGCCGCUCUCUGGUAAUUUUCGGCAGAUUGCUGCAAAAAUCGGUAAUUUGCCGUUUAAAAAUACGCGCCGAAUCGAGCGGCAAAAGCAAAAUGCUAUGCAUGCGCUUAAGAGUCAUCGUCGGCGCCCAACUCUUGCUCCAUCCUUGCCGCACCGCUGCCACGCAGACGCCUGCUCCGUGCCGCCCUCUUGCCGAUUUGAUGCGUAACUGCUUUCCUGCCAAAUCUUUGCCGAAAAUUACCUGACAAGUAAUUGAGUCAUCAAAACAAACGUUUGAUUCCGAUUUUCACGAUUAAAAAAAUCAAUCGAUAUCUGAUUUUUGUUUGUCUUUUUCCCCGUUUCUCUCACAGAUCACAUUGAGAAAUUGUCAGUGUUUGCAGCAAAGCAUAGAAGAGUAAAUAAUCGGAGAAACGGGAGAACUUGUUGUGAAAUAACUUGGUUUUCGUUAAUUCGAAAGAUUAGAAGGCAUUUUAUCGAUUUUUCAUUUCGUGGAAAUAAUAUGUUGUUUUUUUUUUCCAGGCGCCCAUCUCAAGUCCAUCUACAAUGCAAAAGAGCUCGGACAAGGACACGAGCUCCCUCCAGAGCUCCGCCUCUUCGUCGGACGAUUCGGAGCACCAGCAGGACGAGCAGUUCGAGGAGGUUCCGUGCCCGUGCACCGACCACGUCGGCCGUCUCCUUCUCGACCUGGAACUGCCGAUUUCCGUCGAGAAGUUCUACGAGCUGCUCUUCGUCGAGGGCGAUUUCCAGACGGAGUUCAACGCCCGAAUGCGCGUCGGCGAGUACGUGGCGGCCACGUGGGUUCGUGAUCACCGCGGCGAGAACACACGUACCUGCCACUAUACCGUAUCGCUCUCCCAUGCGAUGGCGCCGCGCGCGAUCGUCGUCAACGAGAAACAGGUGCUGCACGCGUUUCCGAACCCCCGGCACGGAAUAAUGCUGAGCAAGGAGACGCAAAACUCGGGCGUUCCGUACGCCGACUACUUCACCGUCAACUGCCGAUAUUGCAUUUCGAGGAGAGGCGCGAACGCGUGUCGCGUCAAAGUGCACGGUGGACUCGUGUACUGCAAAGCACUCUGGUCGGUCAUUCGGACUUUUGUCGAGAAGGGAACCUACGGAGGACUCGAGGACCAUUUCAGCUGUCUCAGUACGAUGCUCGAGGAGUAUGUGCAGAAGCAUCCGAACAUCGAGGACAGGUGCGUUGAGUGAAUUUCGUGUUGAGACCCAAAUAAGUAUGGUUUGUCGAAUUACCAAAUUAUGGCUGACUUCGCAUUGAGCAUCCUAAGGGAAACCUGUGAACUUAUGAAUAAUGGGGCUAUUCAGACUGAAAAAAAUGAUUGUUUUCCGUUUUUUUUUCGUUUUUUACGUCAAAAAAUCCAAUUCAGCGAUGUAAAAAAACGAAAAAAACGGAAAACAAACAUACGCUGAAUAGCCCCAUAAGAGAUAGCCUACGAUGGAUUUCGUGUUGCAAAUCAUGUUUUUGCAAACAUUUUUAAAACUCUAUGAACCCGGGUACGGUUGUUUUCGUGGCGAGACCAUAUGUCAUCAAGUUUUUAGGUAACCUCGAAUUUGCACAAAUUAUGCUGUUUCAGAAUUUGUAUGAGAUUUUAAUGGGGCUAUUCAGCGUAUGUUUGUUUUCCGUUUUUUUCUUUUUUUUACAUCGCUGAAUUGGAUUUUUUGACGUAAAAAAACGAAAAAAAAACGGAAAACAAUCAUUUUUUUCACAGACUGAAUAGCCCCAUAACAAAUGUUGAAACUUUUGUUUGAAUGUCUCUUGUAAUAAAUGAGCCUUAUUAAAAUACAUUUUUAUCGAAAAGGCACACUGAUAAGCGAAAGAAAUGACUGAAGAAUAAGUGUUGCGGUUUUUUUUUACCUAAAGAGUAUUAGCAAAAUUCGAACAAUUGCUCUAAAACGUGUUUUCUUGCAGAACGACCACAACGUGCUCGAUUCCAGUUCUCCAGGAGAUUCCGAAGACGGAGGAGAACGAAAUUCGCCUCAGAAAUGUGCAGAAAUCUUCUCCGGAAAGGCUUUUGGCCGGCGGAGGUGAGCACGUUUUCUUUGAGAAUUUAGCAACAAAGUGCUUUCUCUAGAAGCCAAUAGCAAGAUGACUUGUCUGGAAAACGUCAACGACGAGAAUAUCAUCGCCCGCCGCGUGGCCGAACUUUCCUCGUCGACGGCCGCCGAUCUGACCGCCGGAUAUCGUCCGUAUCUGCUUUGCAUUAUUGUCCUUCUCGCCAUCUUUUUGCUCGCCAAUUUGUGGAUUCUCAGCGGAUUCAAAGGAGAAACCAACACUGCUGUGGCCAGGUAAUAAUUGUUACUGUUUUCAAAUUUGCACAAAUAAUAGUUUAAAAUUUUUCGUUCAACAAAAACGAUUUUCUUCAGCAAACGAGAGGAAAAUCUCGGAGAAAUGAUGUCGGUGCUGUUGGAGCAAGUUCGCGAGCUCAAGGACAAAGUCGAGCAGUUGCAGAAGGACCGUUGA